AAAUGUAAAUGAGGUGCUGCUGAAAACAAAAAAGAUGAUCAUGUAAACAUUUCGGUUUACACAAAAGAUGGCGGGUGCUGGUGUAGUUGCGGAAGCUCUCAAGCGAGUUUCCGUUGCACCGGUACUUCUCAGCGCAUCAAAAUUCCUGAAAUGGGAUGAUCAAGACACAGCUGCAUCCACGAUAUAUGUUGUGCAGGUUGACCCAAAAGGUCACAUAUUAUAUUGGAGACCAGAAGAUUAUAGCAAGGAUACAGAGGUGCUUGAGCUGGUUAACGUGCGAGAUGUGCGAUUUGGCCAUUAUGCAAAAUCCCCAAAGAAUUCAGUUGUACGUGAAGCUCUCAGGGCAAAUGCAUCUUCCGAGGAAGAAAGUGCUGCAGUCCAGGAGCGAACAAUCUCUGUUUGCUAUGGGCCAACCAUGGUUGAUGUCAGCUUUACGAAUUUCGUUGCACCGUCUAUAGCCGUGGCACAGGAAUGGGCUGAAAGCCUAUUCGCUAUCAUAGGAAACUUGUUGGACAUAAACGCUUCACCACUACGCAGCUUGGAAAGAUUCUUUACAAGAAUUAGUGUUCAGGCGAACCAGGAUGGAAACAUCUACGCAAAGACGCUUGUGAAGUACUUUGCAACGAGUAAAGAAGACAAGAAACGAGCUUACGAUGCUCUCCAAUCUGUUGGCCUGGCUUCAGGCAAAAAAGACAUCUUUAAUAUUUCGGAGUUCACGUUCGAGAAGUUUAUUGAUUUUUACAAUCGGCUUUGUACAAGACAAGAUCUCGACAAUAUAUUUGCUGACCUGGGUGUUGGUAAGAAACCGUAUUUGGCAGUCGAUCAGCUGGUCGACUUUCUGAACAACACACAACGCGAUCCACGUUUGAACGAAAUUCUCUACCCAUACUACAACACGGCUAGGGCUCUAAGUAUUAUUGGGACUUACGAAAAGAAUGCAGACUUCAUCAAGAAAGGCUACAUGUCUAUUGAAGGACUGACAAAAUAUUUCAUGAGCGAUGAUAAUUUGGUGAUAACACCAAGGCGAUUUAUCCCCGUGCAUCAAGACAUGAGCGCGCCUCUAUCCCACUACUUUAUCAAUUCGUCUCACAACACCUAUCUCACAGGGCAUCAACUGACUGGGCGCUCCUCCGUCGAAAUCUACAGACAAGUGUUGUUAAGCGGUUGCAGAUGCAUUGAAUUAGAUUGUUGGGAUGGUAAAACUGAAGACCAAGAGCCAAUCAUAACUCAUGGAAUGACCCUCUGCACUGAGGUCCCAUUUAAGGACGUGAUUGAGUCGAUUGCGGAAUGCGCAUUUAAGACUUCUGAUUUCCCUGUGAUCUUGUCCUUUGAAAAUCACUGUAGCGCAAAGCAACAAGCAAAGAUGGCGAAUUAUUGUCAGACUGUGUUUGGUGAUAUGCUUCUGAGCAAACCGUUGGACGAAUUUCCGCUUGAACAAGGAAAACCGCUGCCAACCCUGAAAUCAUUGAAACGCAAAAUUUUGAUCAAAAACAAAAAGCACACAGCAAAAGAGCCAGAAGUCACCCAAUUAACUACCCAGCAAAGUACGAAGAGUGAAAAUAUUAAUGAGGAAACAGUUGAAGAUGGUGGUGAACCAAAGUCUCCCCAGAGCGAGACUGGUACUGAAGGAGCCAAUGCGAAAGAGAAUGCAAAAGAGGCAACAGAAAAUGAUCCGGCUGAAAAUGAAGAGGAAGUUGAAGUUGAAGCUGAAGUUGAGUUAUCUGCUCUCGUUAAUUACAUCCAGCCUGUACACUUUCGGGGAUUUGAGUAUGCAGAAUCAAGGCAAAGGUAUUUUGAAAUGUCAUCAUUCAGUGAAAAUUCAGCAACAAAUUUGCUAAAAGAACAGCCCAUCAAUUUUGUCAAUUAUAACAAAAUGCAGCUAAGUCGAAUUUACCCAAAAGGUGGCAGAGUUGGAUCUGACAAUUACAUGCCUCAGGUAUUCUGGAAUGCUGGAUGCCAGUUAGUUGCUCUCAAUUUCCAAACGUUGGACCUCCCGAUGAUGUUGAAUCUAGGAAAGUUUGAGAUCAAUGGACGUUGUGGGUAUCUACUGAAACCGGAUUUCAUGUGUAGAAGUGACCGGACUUUUGAUCCAUUCGUUGAGUCUACUGUUGAUGGGAUCAUAGCCGGAACAAUUUCGGUCAAGGUUAUAUCUGGUCAAUGUCUUACAGAGAAGAAGACUGGAACCUACGUUGAGGUCGACAUGUUUGGACUACCAGCAGACACUGUGAGGAGAAAAUUUAGAACAAAAGUGGUUCCGAAUAACGGAAUCAACCCAAUUUACGACGAGGAACCGUUUGUUUUCAAAAAGGUAAUCUUGCCGAGCCUCGCUGUUCUACGCAUAGCAGCUUAUGAAGAAGGUGGAAAGUUGAUAGGCCACCGUGUUCUUCCUGUCCAUGCUUUAAAUCCAGGUUUCAGACACAUAAAGCUGAGAAAUGAAUCCUACCAACCACUUUGUCUUCCUUGCAUAUUUGUCAACAUCGUCACCAAAGACUAUGUCCCUUCCAACUUUGCAGAUUUCGCAGAUGCACUUGCUAAUCCAAUUCAAUAUUUGUCUGAAAACGAGAAAAGGGCUCAGCAGCUAGAGGCAUUGUUGAUGGAUGAGGAAGCGUCUGCAGAGAACUCCUCCGCAGAUCCUGCUGUACAAAAGCAAGAUUUGAAACCCCCAAAGCCUCAAGGCAAAAGAGGAAGCAUGAUCUCUUUGUCUUUUGGAAGUUCUAAGCCAGAUCACAGAGACUCAGUGCCAAACCUGAGACCAGUCGUUAAGAGUGCAUCGGACACAAUGAAUCGAAACACAGAAAGAGACUUGUUCCCAGCAGGUCGAACGAAGUCUUUGCAGCCGAUUCGACCAACUUCAGUUGACAUGAAACCGUCAAGAUCAAAAAGCACAUCGGGGGAACACAUGAAAGGAAUCAGAGAAGACUUGCUAGAAUUAAAACCACCAUCUUUAGAAGACAUAAAGCAAGGGAAGUCGUACGGCAAGAUGAGAAUCAAGUUCGAAAGCGAAAUGGGCAUUAUUUUACAAAGACAGUUGAAGGAGAAAAUGAAGUCUGCGAAAGAUUAUGAUUCACAGUUACGCAAAAUCAAGUCAGCCAUCGAAAAGGACAAAGCCACCUUGCAGAGACGACAUUCAAAAACUUUGAAGAAGGCAGAAAAGAAUGGCAACUAUGAGAGUGUUUACAAAGUUUGUCUAGAAGAAAUCUCAGAGCUAAAUACACAGCAAGAGAGUCAGGUCUCCCAAAUCAUGAAUAAGCACAAAGACAAGUUGAGAGCAUUGUACAAAGAGCAUUAUUUCGAGCAGCUCAAUUUUGCAAAAGGAAACGUCGUUCCAGAGUUCUCAGAGUUGCGUAAAAUUGUUGAAACUUCAAAAUUAACCGAUUUAAAGAAGAUUCAAGAUAGACAUGCACGAGACAUGCAAAUUUUGAAGAAAGACCAGGAUCGUUACAAUCGAGGUGAACUGAAAAAGCUCGGGAAGGAAUACCGCAAUAAAGGAGAGCUGCAAAGGAUGAAACGAGAACACAACAAAAAGCACAUAGAACAAGCUGUGAUUGAAAGGCAGAAGAUGAAAGAAUACCAAGAUAAAGAAGUUGCAGAUUUGAAGAAGCAGUACGAAGAUUUUAUGCAGAAUAUUACUGAACUUCAAGAAAAGGCCCCAUCUGAGCUUGAAGCGCUUCACGACAAACGCUGCAAAGACUUGGAUCUUGAGCACCUGGAUCUCACGAACUUCACCCCUGAGCUUCUCAAGCAAGGCGAUUUGUCGUCCUCUACUGCCUAUCGUAGUCCCAGUGGCUCUGGAUAAUGGCUGCUGCCUUCGUAUAUUGGUCCUGUCUGGUGAACCGGAUGCUGGUUCUAAUCUCAUUGGUGCAUCUUCGGCUGGACAGGCCGUUAGCGGUUUAUAGACUUGGGAAAGGUCAAAUCUACCUGUAAGAAGAACUCACCGUUCUCGUACCGAGCACAUAAAUGGCACUUUAUUCUAUAGCUUUCCUAUUUAUUCUAUUGCAUUUGUUUGAUACAAGUAGAUUUUGAUUUAGUUGACCCUUUUAUUUACAAGGAGUUAUUUUAUUCUUUUAUGGGACUUAUCUAAGCAAUUGAAGCUGUUAUGUAGAGAAAUGGGUUACCCACUGUUUGGACUACUCCUCACUAUUAUGCGAAAAUUUGUUUUCCAAUAAAGUACCUGUGGAGGUAUUUCUUCUAAAUUUCAAAUUUGUAUAACCAGUGAUUGGUGUAACCAGUGAAGAAAACGAAUAGUUUUAGGUAAUAGCAAGUUUAUGUACGAGUAUUUAGAUAUAUAUUAUCAUUUGUUUAGAGAUUUUGUCCAUGGUGGAAUUUCGUCUGGAUAUCAGAUAAUAUUAUAUUGUUUUCAACAUAUUACUGCACCUUGCACUGUGUCAAAUACGUUUUAUUCACGUUAAAUAUUUAUUGCUAUCAGGGCGGCACAUGAAUUUUGUAUAUAGUAUUCUUUAUUGAUAUUUCAAGGAGUAUUUUCUCCAAUGUUGUGGUGUUUUAUUAUCUGUCUUCAAUAGAGGCAUGGUAUAAGUAAACAGUAGGCAGUCGAAGAUAUUUUCUCAAUUGAUCAAUAUGACUGACACCAACUAGAUCACCACUGUUAAUAUAUUUACCUUUUAGAUUACUAUGCAUUGCUAUGUCCCAGUAUCCUUACAAUUUCAAGUGUAUUCGAAAUUCAGAGAGCUUUCCAAACCCACUGUUUUGCUUAUUGUUCAAGACAUACAGUUUAUAGCAUCUUAAAUGGAUCCAUCUUGCAAGUUAGCAACCAGCAUCGUGGACCAAUUUUUCGCAAUGUCAUAUAACCUUUUUGAUAAUGCUUUGAGAAUGCUUUCAGGGAUCCUUUUUACGUGUCCGAUUUGGUUUUUCUGUCUUGUUGACCCAUUUUUACUCAUGUAAAUUAUCUUCCUCUAGUAUGAACCCUAUCCUAUUGGAAAACUUUAUCUUUACCGUGAUAUUUAUGUUCUCAGGCUCAUUUUAGCCCCCCCCCCCAGUUGCUCUGCGAACACCGAUUAGGCAACCAGUGGCCAAAUGUGAUAGCAGACCUAAAUGUACAAAAUAAUUCAGAAAGUUUCCAAUCGACGUUUCUAUUACAGCAACAGAAACGUGCAGAUCCGUAUAUGUACCAUCAAGCACCAUGCCUAACUAAACCCUAGUUCACAUUCAAAAUUUUUAAAAGUUUUAUUGGUUAUUUUUAUGCACUUUAAUUGGAAUAUAUUAAUACAUAUGUAUAUGUACAAGCAUAAGACACUGAAUCGUGUAGAGAACUAAUUUCUAUAUUAUAAAAUAUCUAAGUAGACUCUUUAACCAUUACAUCUUUCCGUUUUUUAGAUGCUAUUCUCAUAUCUAUACCAGUCUGUCAGUAAUGACCAAACAUAAUAUGAUCAAACUUAUAUGUUUCUACAAUAUUUUCUUUUAGUAUAGGCCAAAAUCGCCUUACCAAAACUCGUAAAAUAUUUGAACAUGCUGCCCACCAAGGCAGACAGCAGCUUCCCCUAGUCUCCUAGAUAUUUAUGAAAAAAACUGACUGGUAAUAUCAUUGUUUCAAGAUAGUCAUGUUAGUUGUCGUCUGGUCAAUGUGAUUUCCAGCCGUGCCAGUUGUACGACCGUCUAGCAGUCGGUUGUGUAGGUGGCAUCUGCUUCAUUAGCUGCUGUUGUUCGAAUGUUUUCAGCGUCUUACGGGCCGCACAACUUGUAUUGUAGGACAGAUUAACUAUAUGGAGCCAGGCUUCAAUGAGUUGAAUAGCCGUCAUUGAGGAAAUUUUACUUCCUUUUAUUAUCACUUUCUUUGAUUUUAUUAAACGUACCUGUAAAUUAUGUUUUAAUUAUACUAUUUUGUUUUUAAGCAUAGAAACAUACUGCACACAA